CCUCCGCUGUCGAACUUCGGUCAGCUGGCUGGAAAAACCGCGAAAGUUUUCCCGAUCCGUCGCGCGAAUUCUGUGUUCUUGAAGUUACGCGUUCUCUGAUUGACAAUCGGGACUUCUGUGGAUUCUGGGGAUUAGGAAAUAUGGAUGUUUGAUGGGGGUGAGAUUUGUGUGAGUGAAUUUGAAUUUUGAGUGAGUUUCCUGGAGUUAUAACUGUUUGAACUUGGUAUUAUUAUUGUGGGUUGUAGGAAGUGUUUGGAUGAAAAUGUGGAUAGUGCUAGGACUAUUGGUGGGAUUCACCUGCAUAGCGGUGAUGAGGACUCAAGCAACAGAGAGAGAAGUUGCAGCUGGAGUCACGGAGCACAAACAGGCAGUUGAAGGAAAAAGCAUAGAAUUAGACUGUGACGUGAAUCCACCUGGCCAUGACAAGGUCUACAUGGUGUUCUGGUUCGUCCAAGGAUCAGGUUUUCCGAUAUACAGCUUCGACGUGCGGGGCAAGCCACUCUCGCAGGCGAGACACUGGUCGGCGCCGGAAGUGUUCGGGAGCAGGGCUUACUUCCGGACCGGCUCCAGCCCGGCCAAACUCGUCAUCGACGACAUCCGCAGGCACGACGAGGGCGUCUACCGGUGUAGAGUGGACUUCAGGAACGCGCAGACCAGGAGCAUCAGAUACAACCUCACCGUUAUUGUUCCUCCAGAGCAACCCACAAUCUUCGAUAAGUGGGGCAGACAGCUCAACUCAACAGUAGGUCCACACGAGGAAGGCGAUGACAUAAUCCUGACAUGCCGAACUGUGGGCGGCCAUCCACAGCCCGACGUUUGGUGGAUGGUGAGGGAGAAGAAUGGCGUCCACUCUUCGGACGUCAAAUACGUCCCCAUAGAUACCAAUUACGAGCACAACGCCGGAGACGUCAUAGAGAACAGACUCGUCUGGACCAAAGUGAGCAGGGACGACCUCAAGGCCACCUUCGUUUGCAUGGCCAACAACACGAACAUGACGUUGCCGAAGGUGGCUGCAGUGACCUUGGAAUUAUAUCUGAAGCCACUGACAGCUGAAAUAGUGAACUCCGUCAAUCCUCUUGUGGCUGAUAAAAGAUACGAAGUGACAUGCGAAUCUGCUGGAUCUAGACCUCCUGCCAUUAUCACGUGGUACAAGGGCAAAAGGCAGCUUCGAAGAACUAAAGAGGAAACCCAGGAGAACGUGACGAUAAGCGAGCUCAGUUUCGUUCCCACUACAGACGACGAUGGAAAAUUCAUAACCUGCAGAGCGGAAAAUCCAAACGUAACGGGACUUUUUCUGGAGACGUCAUGGAAAAUUGAUGUCGUUUAUCCUCCAAUAGUCUCCUUAAGACUGGGAAGCACCCUGAACGCUGACGACAUCAAGGAGGGCGACGACGUCUACUUCGAAUGCCACGUUAAGGCUAAUCCCUUCUGGAGGAAAUUAACAUGGCUGCACGACGGAGAAAUUUUGCCGCACAAUAUGUCUGGACGUAUCAUUCACAGCAACCAGAGCUUGGUACUGCAGAAAGUCACCAGGCAAAGUGCGGGCCAAUACAUCUGUUCGGUUGUGAACAGCGAAGGUGAAACAUUGAGCAAUGAAUUGUUCUUCAGAGUUCAAUACGCUCCAACCUGCAAAACCGACAGAGUAAUCGUGGUAGGGGCCUCUAGAGGUGAGAGUGUUGACAUAACGUGCGAAGUAGAAGCUGACCCACCUGCCAAGACAUACAGGUGGAAGUUCAAUAACUCAGGCGAAACUUUGGACGUCGCUGCGGAGAGGUUUGCAGGUACAAGUAAUGGUACCGUCAGCAUCCUGAGGUACACUCCAGUCUCUGAGCUGGAUUAUGGUUCGCUUUCUUGCUGGGCCUCCAACGCUGUUGGGCAUCAGAUCAAUCCCUGUAUAUUUCAGGUUGUAGCGGCAGGCAAACCAUAUGGCGUCAGAAACUGCUCCUUGACCAACCAAACCACCAACUCCGUGGAGGUCUACUGCCUCCCUGGAUUCGACGGUGGUCUUCCCCAGUACUUCGUCCUGGAGUUGUAUUCUGCAAACGGCAACCGACCAAGGUACAAUAUGACGUCCUACGUGGAGCCCUACUUCUUCUUGGACAACUUGGAACCGGACAUCACCUUCAGGAUUGUUGUGUACUCCGUGAACGCCAAGGGGAGAAGUCAAGGAGUGAUUUUGGAGGAGGUCACCUUCAGCGAUGCUGAGAAACACAUAGCAAACGAUGGUGAGAUCCCCUUCUCACCAGCCCUCGGUAUCCUGAUCGGUGCCAUUUCGACAAUAAUAAUUGUGAUAAUAAUCAUCAUCAUAAGUGUGAGAAGAUCAUCGGGUCAUCGAAACGCCACAAUGGAACACAAAGUCAUCGGCGGAACUGUCACUCAGCACAACACUCUUUCUUCCACCAAGCCGCUGUUGAGGAGCUCAUCACCAAGAGAAGGAGACGAGAAAGAUCCAGACGUUAUACCUGCAAAGUUUGGUACUCCAGAUGGUGGAAGUCUUAAACGCCAAUCACCCAAUGGUGCCAAUAUACCUUCAACACUAAGACACAUGACUUCUUCAGCUAGCUACGAAAUUGGAGGCGGUGUUCCUCCGGCCCAGUGGGUUAGUCCUGUGAGUCAACAAGCAUCAGCCCUUAGUGAAAACUUCCACCAAUAUUCCAAUCCAGUAACUGGAGUAGGCACCUUCCCAAGAGAUUCCAGGCCUAAGGACUUGCGACUGGAGAAUGGGAACUCUGCAACACUCCAAAGAACAUCGGACGUCGAAUUCAACGGAUUCGCUAUAAAGGAGAGGCUGAUGGCCAACAGACUUCCAGAGAGUUGUGUCUAAGUCUUAAACCUUGCUGUGUCUCAAAGAUUGGAGUUACUGUUCGCUGUAAAUUUGUUCAGACCGUCCUGUUUAAGAGAGUGAGUGCCUGGACAGUGAUCGCCAAAGUGAUGUGAAUACAAAACUUCAAGAGCAGAGGGUGCAGAAUAUUCCCUUGGGGUACACCAUCUGUGGUUUCCAUAUCACUACAGAAACUUUUCCAAUUUCGAUGUAAAUAUGAAAUUCCUUGCAUCACUUUGAGUGAGUCUUUAAAUAGACUCUUGAUAUACUGAUUGUAGAUAAUUUUAUUCAAAUAUCUAAUGUGAAUACCGUUCGAUAAAUCAUAUAAGUCUACGUUAAAUUUUUUAAGAAACUAUCUUGUCGUUCACAGAUGAUUAAUUGAUCAUAGAAACGUUGUAGUCGAAUCUGGAUGUGUACAUUGUAAAUUUGCGAUUUGUAGGUAAUUGUUAUCGAUACUGUUGUAAAUUAUGAAGUAUGUUUUUCAUGUA